CAGAUUCUGAAAGACUUUAAACAUCAGAUAGAGGCAUAUGUAUUUGUAAAGAGACACAAUAGGGAGACACUGGAGUUUAUUAAGCAGGAGUAACAAGAUCAGACCUGCUGUGGGAUAUGACUGUCAGCUUUGGAGAGGGCAGAAACUUAAGGCAGACUAACCAAUUAGAAUGUUAUUGCCAGAGGUGAUAAAGGUCUGAACUAUGGUGGUGGCUAUGUAGGUUUAGGAAAAGAGAUGGUUGCAAAAAAUAAUUGUUAUGCUUUUGUAAUGUAGGUUAAAUAUUUAAGAAUGACUUAAGAUGUAAGGAUGGUAUUGCCCUUGACCACAGUGGGGAAUUUCGCAAGGGAUGGAUUUUGGCAAGAAAAUGAUUGGUUCUGUUUUGAACAUGUUGAAUUUGAGAUGUCUAUGAGAUGUCCAGUUUUAAAUAACCAAUAGACUUUUGGGGGAUGGUGGGGCUGGAGCUCAGGAGAAAGACUAGACUUGGAUAUAUAGUUCUGUGAGUCAUCUGUGUAGAGAUAGUAAUUGAAUCCAUGGCAACCAAUGAGGUCACUAAGAGAGUGUAUAGAGAGAAGUGAGCCCAGGACAGAGACAUCCCAGUACAUCCACAGUUAGGGGGUGGGAUAUGAAUGAUGAUCCAGCAAAGGAACGGUGAGACAGGUAGGAAGAGAGCCAAGAAAGAGCAGUAUCACAAAAACUCAGAGAGGAGAGGGUAUCCAAGAGGAGAGGGUAGUCAACAGUGCCAAAUACAUACUGCAGAGAGGUCAUGAAGGAUGAGGACUGAGAAAAAGCCAUUGCUUUUGGCAAUUAAUUCUCCCCUUAGCCAGAAUUGUUGAAAGGUAGCACAUAAAUUAAAGAUAAAAUAAUUCAGAAGGAGGAAGACCAAAUCAAGAUGUGUAGCUCUGUUGCUGCCAGAUUGUGGUUCUUGACAGAUCGUCGAAUCAGAGAAGACUACCCUCAGCAGGAGAUACUGCGAGCUCUAAAGGCCAAAUGUUGUGAGGAGGAACUGGACUUUAGAGCUGUGGUGAUGGAUGAAGUUGUGUUAACAGUGGAGCAAGGGAAUUUGGGUCUCCGAAUCAAUGGGGAGCUGAUCACUGCCUAUCCCCAGGUGGUGGUAGUAAGAGUACCAACACCUUGGGUGCAAAGUGAUAGUGAUAUCACCGUACUACGUCACCUAGAAAAGAUGGGAUGCCGGCUGAUGAAUCGGCCUCAAGCUAUCCUGAAUUGUGUCAAUAAGUUCUGGACCUUCCAAGAGCUAGCUGGCCAUGGUGUUCCCCUUCCAGAUACCUUCUCUUAUGGCGGUCACGAAAAUUUCGCUAAGAUGAUUGAUGAAGCAGAAGUAUUGGAGUUCCCAAUGGUGGUGAAGAAUACACGGGGUCAUAGAGGUAAAGCUGUUUUCCUGGCUCGAGAUAAGCACCACUUGGCUGACCUAAGCCAUCUUAUUCGCCAUGAAGCGCCAUACCUAUUCCAGAAGUAUGUGAAGGAAUCCCAUGGCCGAGAUGUGCGAGUCAUUGUGGUGGGAGGCCGUGUGGUGGGCACUAUGCUGCGCUGUUCAACUGAUGGAAGGAUGCAAAGCAACUGCUCUCUAGGUGGUGUGGGAAUGAUGUGCUCACUGAGUGAACAAGGAAAACAACUUGCCAUCCAGGUGUCAAACAUCUUGGGAAUGGAUGUGUGUGGCAUUGACCUACUGAUGAAAGAUGACGGCUCAUUCUGUGUCUGCGAGGCCAAUGCAAAUGUAGGUUUCAUCGCCUUUGAUAAGGCUUGUAAUCUAGACGUAGCUGGUAUGAUAGCGGACUAUGCCACCUCCCUCCUGCCCCCUGGCCGGCUCACACGGCGCAUGUCCCUGCUCUCCGUGGUGUCCACGGCCAGCGAGACUAGUGAGCCAGAGCUGGGCCCCCCAGCCAGCACUGCUGUCGACAACAUGAGCGCAAGCUCCAGCUCUGUCGACAGCGACCCCGAAACCACGGAGAGGGAGCUACUCACCAAGCUCCCAGGGGGCCUGUUCAACAUGAACCAGCUGCUAGCCAAUGAAAUCAAACUCCUGGUGGAGUGACUCCACCUGUAAAUAAUUAACAAACAAAGCCCUUGUAAAUCUUUCUCUCUCUCUCUCUUUUUUUUCCCAUUUUUUCCUUCCUUUUUUGAAACCAACUUGCAAUGCUGUUUAUGAGAGAAGCUCAGGGAGCUGGGGGGAAACUGAGCCAAGUUAGAUAAGAGAACAAAGAGAGAAAAGGAAAAAAACCUAUGUUUUUCAGUCACUGUUGUCCUCCAUUUUUUAACACUGCUGAACCAUUAAAUGGAUUUUACCAUAUGAAUUAAUAAGGCAGAAGAGUAGGGGUAAGGUCUUCAAGCUCAAGUAGAUAAUUCCUUCACUAUUACCUUUUAAAAUACCCUCAAAAAGAAUGUGUAUUAGGGCCAGAGAAGAAGAGAUAUUGCACAACUCCUUUUAUCUUUUGUGUUUGAAAAGUCAACACUUUACUACAGAUCAUAAUUCCCCUCUCUAGAGAUCAUUUAUUAGAAAUGGGUCAGAGGAAACAUCUGCUAAAAUUAAAGAAGCUUUUUAAUUUACAAAACUGAAAUUUCUACCAUUUCAGUUUUCAAUUCUUUGUCCAUAUAUCUUUAUAAAUUUUCCAGAAAAGUUUUAGUAUGGGUGCCUCAUAUUUUAUUGUACAUUUUCUUUUUCAAAUUAGAUGGGAGGGCAAGAUAGAUGUGAUCUAUAAAAACAUUUCUUAAUAAUGACAGAAGUGGCAUGUUUGCAUAACGGAAGAUAGAUGAACAGCGUUGCAAUGUUUGGUGUACAAAGUAACAUUUAAUCGAAUGUGGAAAAACUUACACUAGUUUAAAUAUGUGCAUUGCCUUGUAUUUGUUAGUGUUUUAGUCUUUUGGAAGAUAUAAACUAUGUUAAUGUUGCAUUUUUUUAAUACAUGCUAGUCCAAUAUUCCCUGCUCUAUGCCUGCAUCUUUAACAAUGGCCAAAGUGAAGAAAACGCUACCUUUUGUUAACAAGACACUGAAUUGAAGCCUGUGCAUCUUUUUUAUUAUCCUUUUUUUCCUUUUCUUUUUUUCCCUUUGUUUUGUCUUUAAAUGGUGGUUGGGUAAAUUAAGGUGAAGAUAGAAAAAUAAUUUAUAUUUGGGAAAACUGGAGCUGCUUUAAUAAGCUAUAGAAUCCAUCUUGAUGCCAGUAUUUUCUACUUGAGCAUUCACAUUUUAGAAAGGUGGGGUGCGUGUGUAUUUGGGGUGGUGGUGGUGGGGACUCAUGGGUUUCUUUUUUUUUGUUGGGGUUUUUUUUUACCUUGAUGUCAAGUGAGAUAAAACAACAGAUAAAGUCAAUGGGAUCUCUUGGGAAGAAGUUCUUGACUUCAAGGAAAAGAACAUGAGUUAUUUUAAGAACUAGACUUCAUGAGGAGCUUGGGGGUGGGGAACAACCACUUGAAGGCCCAACGAGGAAUAGAUACUUCCCAGGUCUGUGUGUAUAUGCUAUUUUGUGUCAGCUGAUAUCUUUCCUUAGUUAUUGACUUUUCAGGGUAUGUUUAUUUAAGGCCACAUGCUUUUUAUCCACUUUCUUGGCCAGGCAUUUUCCCACUUCUGCUCAUGGGGUUUGGAGGGAAGGAUGGGAGGGAAGAAGAAAAAAAAGGCAGCAGCAUUGGGUCUCGCCAUAACAUUAUCAGCUUUCCCUACUGUUCUUUUUCUCCCUUGCCCACUAAAUCUGUAAAGCCAUGAAGCUACAAGUGGUGUCAGCACACAUAAAUACACAUAUACACAAACAAACAGCAACAACAAUGAACAGGGAUAAAGGUAUCCCACAGAGGUGUUGGAGUAUGUAUGAGAGAGAAAUGGAGAUGCUGCCAACCUCCGCAGGAUUCUUAAAAGAGCAAGCACCAUCUCCCCUACAAUCCUCUGCGGUUUUUCUUUGAGCCACUUCUUUGCUUCUCCAGUGCUGUCUGUCUUCAUGUGGACCUUAAACAUAAUCUCGUGGAUACUACUAGAAAGACUUCAAGGCAAUAAAAAAGAAAGAUCAGUAUUAACCUGUUGUAACAGAGGUUUGAUCAUGCAUACUUGUAUAGGAUUUUCUUUCAUUUUAAAAAGGAAUGUAACAAAAAUGGAUUUUUAAAUAGAAUUAAAUAAUAUUAAAAUUGAGUAGAAGGUUAAUUGUUGAUAAAUAGAAUAGUAACUCUGUGCCAGUGUCUGACUUCAUAAUAGAAGGUACUCUUUAGAAGGAAUUUCUCAUGAAACUUAGGAUACUCUAAAUCACAUGCAAAUAAUUUGGCUUAUAAUACGCAGUGUGCUCAGUGUAUAUCUAAUAUGCUUGAGAGCCAUAAACAGAAAAGGAUCACAUGUCAGAUGGUACUCUAAUUGAAUUCUCUUACUUUGAUGGUUCCAGUACAUUGUUUGGUCAAGAGAAGUAAAAAAAAAAUCAAGAAAGGAGAAAGCAUGCUCUUAAUUGCAUUUACCACGAAUGUUUUUUAUGUAGAGACCAUCUCUAUAUGAUACACUUGGAAUAUGUCUAUACGCAUGUGUGUGUGUGUGUGUGUGUGUGUGUGUGUGUGUGUGUGUGUGUGCGCGCGCGCACGCGCGCGCGUGAGUGCACAGAUGUGUACAAGUAAACAUUUUUUCCUUUGACAAUAAAGGAAAAGAACCUUAGGUUUGUGGUGUUGGAAAGGGAGGGGAUAGGGGAAUUAAUUUAAUAUCAUUUGCACUUAUACAUCCACAUGCAAAGUAAGAGGGUCUAUUCCAAAAUCAUUCCAUCACUAGUUUACUCAUACUUUGAUAAAACUAUUUUUCAAAAUCACACUGUUCUAAACUACAUAGACUCACCAACCUUGUUAUGAUUUGGAAAUUCACAUGUUAGAAUGAAAAGAGCAGUAAAGCCUAGCUAUUUUCCUCUAUUCCUUCGUUAAAUAGAGGCAAAAAAAAAGUUAAGUCUUCCUUAAAAGAGCCAAAUGAAACUUUUGCAAAUAUUUAUGUUAAAGUUACAACUAAGUUUAUUUUUGUAUUUGUUUAAUAACUUUUGUAUAAACCUCAUUAUUGUUUGGAGAGGUAGAAAUGUAUCUGUCAAUAUUUGUGUAACUAUAAUCAUGUCAAAGUUUGAAUUGUUUGUACAGCUUUGUAGCUUGUCACGCUUUGUACUUUUUUUAAUACUGUAUUUUUUUAAAAAUAAUUUUCUGGAAUUGUUUCCUCAUCUUGCCCAUGAUAGAAGUUGGACUAUACACAUGCACACAUGUUAUGGACUAUUCCAUUUUAUUUUUUUCCCCAUUUUUAAAAAAAAUUUUUUGAUGCUCACAAGCUGCUUAGUCAUUUCUGCUGGCUUUUCCUCCAUCCAACUUUGAAAUCUUUGUGUGCAUAUGCUAUCUGCUCAAGAAACAGCUUUGGAACAUUUGAGUCUUUGAGGGGGAAAAAAUCCAGAGACAUGCUUUCAUCAAGCACUCCAUCAGACUUUGAGAAGGCAUCGUGUGAAAUCACUGACUUUCCAAAUCAACUCCCCUACUCUUCCCAGUGAAAAAAAAGGAAAAAAAAGGGUAAACAAAAAGUUGUUUUACUCAUUUGAGAGUAAAACCCCAGUUUGGGAAUAUGGGAGGGCUUAGGGAGACUGUAAAAUCAAAUCUCGUGUUACAUUAUUUUUUUCCUGGCUCACUCUUUUUGAGAAGGUUUAUGGGCUAUGUGGCUGGUGAGACACGAUCCCCUCCUCCCUAAGGAAAUGUAGGUGCUCAGACAGGUAACCUCUGCUGCUACUGUUUUUUAUUUUAUUUAAAAUUUGUUUUCAUUGUUCUAGGAUUUUAAGAAGUAAUAUAUUGCAGGACUUAUAACCAGAUUCACUCCUUUUUCUUUCUUUCUUUUAAAAAAAUAAAUGUUUUAUUUAAAGUA